AUGGUGAUCAGAGCACAGGACAUGAAUAAAGGCUCUCUUCAGUUUGAAGACAAGUGGGAUUUUAUGCGUCCAAUUGUUUUGAAGCUUUUACGCCAGGAAUCUGUUACAAAACAGCAGUGGUUUGAUCUGUUUUCGGAUGUUCAUGCAGUCUGUCUCUGGGAUGAUAAAGGUCCAGCAAAAAUUCAUCAGGCUUUAAAAGAAGAUAUCCUUGAAUUUAUUAAGCAAGCACAGGCACGAGUAUUGAGCCAUCAAGAUGACACAGCUUUGCUAAAAGCAUAUAUUGUUGAAUGGCGGAAAUUCUUUACACAGUGUGAUAUUUUACCAAAACCCUUUUGUCAACUAGAGAUUACUUUAAUGGGUAAACAGGGCAGCAAUAAAAAAACAAACGUGGAAGAUAGUAUUGUGCGAAAGCUUAUGCUUGAUACAUGGAAUGAAUCAAUUUUUUCAAAUAUUAAAAACAGACUACAAGAUAGUGCAAUGAAGCUGGUACAUGCUGAAAGAUUAGGAGAAGCUUUUGAUUCUCAGUUGGUCAUUGGAGUAAGAGAAUCGUAUGUUAACCUUUGUUCUAAUCCUGAGGAUAAGCUUCAGAUUUAUAGGGACAAUUUUGAGAAGGCAUACUUGGAUUCAACAGAGAGAUUUUAUAGAACACAGGCACCCUCAUAUUUACAGCAAAAUGGUGUACAGAAUUAUAUGAAAUAUGCAGAUGCUAAAUUAAAAGAAGAAGAAAAACGAGCACUACGUUAUUUAGAAACAAGACGCGAAUGUAACUCUGUUGAAGCUCUCAUGGAAUGCUGUGUGAAUGCCUUGGUGACAUCAUUUAAAGAGACUAUCUUAGCGGAGUGCCAAGGCAUGAUCAAGCGAAAUGAAACUGAAAAGUUACAUUUAAUGUUUUCAUUGAUGGACAAAGUUCCUAAUGGGAUAGAGCCAAUGCUGAAAGAUUUGGAGGAACAUAUCAUAAGUGCUGGCCUGGCAGACAUGGUAGCAGCUGCUGAAACUAUUACCACUGACUCUGAGAAAUAUGUUGAACAGUUACUUACAUUAUUUAAUAGAUUUAGUAAACUCGUCAAAGAAGCUUUUCAGGAUGAUCCACGAUUUCUUACUGCACGAGAUAAGGCAUAUAAAGCUGUUGUUAAUGAUGCUACCAUAUUUAAACUUGAAUUACCUUUGAAGCAGAAAGGAGUGGGGUUGAAAACUCAGCCUGAAUCAAAAUGUCCUGAGUUGCUUGCCAAUUACUGUGACAUGUUGCUGAGAAAAACGCCAUUAAGUAAAAAACUAACCUCUGAAGAAAUUGAAGCAAAGCUUAAAGAAGUGCUCCUGGUACUUAAGUACGUACAAAACAAAGAUGUUUUUAUGAGGUAUCAUAAAGCUCAUUUGACACGACGUCUUAUAUUAGACAUCUCUGCUGAUAGUGAAAUUGAAGAAAAUAUGGUGGAAUGGUUAAGAGAAGUUGGUAUGCCAGCAGAUUAUGUGAACAAGCUUGCUAGAAUGUUUCAGGACAUAAAAGUAUCUGAAGAUUUAAACCAAGCUUUUAAGGAAAUGCACAAAAAUAAUAAGUUGGCUUUACCAGCUGAUUCUGUUAACAUAAAAAUUCUGAAUGCUGGUGCCUGGUCAAGAAGCUCUGAAAAAGUCUUUGUUUCACUUCCUACUGAACUGGAAGAUUUGAUUCCUGAAGUGGAAGAAUUUUACAAAAAAAAUCAUAGUGGUAGAAAAUUACAUUGGCAUCAUCUCAUGUCAAAUGGAAUUAUAACAUUUAAGAAUGAAGUAGGUCAAUAUGAUUUGGAGGUAACCACGUUUCAGCUGGCUGUGCUUUUUGCAUGGAACCAAAGACCCAGAGAAAAAAUUAGUUUUGAAAAUCUAAAACUUGCAACUGAACUCCCAGAUGCUGAACUUAGAAGGACUUUAUGGUCUUUAGUAGCUUUCCCAAAGCUCAAACGGCAAGUUUUAUUGUAUGAACCUCAAGUGAGCUCGCCCAAAGACUUCACAGAAGGUACCCUCUUCUCAGUGAACCAGGAGUUCAGUUUAAUAAAAAAUGCAAAAGUUCAGAAAAGGGGUAAAAUCAAUUUGAUUGGACGCUUGCAACUCACUACAGAAAGGAUGAGAGAAGAAGAAAAUGAAGGAAUAGUUCAACUUAGAAUAUUGAGAACCCAGGAAGCUAUCAUACAAAUAAUGAAAAUGAGAAAGAAAAUUAGUAAUGCUCAACUGCAGACUGAAUUAGUAGAAAUUUUGAAAAAUAUGUUCUUACCACAAAAGAAAAUGAUAAAAGAGCAAAUAGAAUGGCUAAUAGAGCACAAAUACAUCAGAAGAGAUGAGUCUGAUAUCAACACUUUCAUAUAUAUGGCAUAAUUUUGAAUAUCAUGGACAAUACUAAGGAUGCAGAUUUUGGAGUGCGUGAGCAGAAAGUUGUCACAGUUUGAGCUGGAGAAAGGUUUAUUUGGACUUUGAUUACAUAAAUAUUCAAAUCUCUGCCUUACCUUUACAGAACGACUCUAUUUUACCAGUCACACUAGUUAGCAUGAUGGCAUUCCCUUCAUGUUGCACACUCUGUAACAGCAUGCUGUUUUGUGGAGAAACUUGCAUUCAUGAAGAGCCCAUUAUGAACUUUUAAAAGUAAAUUUGAUUUUUACCCACCAGGAAAAACAUGAGGGAAGGUUGAGGGCGGGUUCUUGUUGCUUUUCUCUUUCUCUUUUAUUUUUCCUCUUGAAAAAAUGUACUUGCACAAGGAAGGAUAUUCAGAUAUUCAUGCACUGAAAAAUGCUAUUAUCUUUGUUUUUUAAAAAAUGCAAUUAAAACUAGAAGUAGCACUCUUGGCUUCUCGUGAUGAAGGAAAAGAGUGAGCUGGUCAACACAACGUUGGGAGAGGGCAGGUGUAGGUGAGAAGAUAAGUAUUUCACAGUAUCAAAUUUUUCAAUACUGCUUCAACAUCAUAACUGGAUUUGAAUGAUGACUAUGAAAUGGUAUUAAGUAUUUUUUGCAAACUUUUUUUUUUAAGCAGGAGACUGCUGCUUUAGUUAUUUGUUACUAAAUGAUGAGUUUUUAAAAAUCUUAUAUGGCUGGAGAGCUUGUUUGAAAGUGAAGCUUAUGUUGUUGCUUCAGUUGAUUGAGAAUUACAGAAAUAGGGAAGUCAUGAUUGCAGAGUCAGAAUAGCAAAACAAACAUUAAAUGUGUUCAUAACUAAUAUUUAUUAUGCCAUAUCUAAAUUUAUUGAAAACAGUGCUGAAAUCUGCUCUGAUACAAUAAAUUUUGGGGACUGAUCUCUUAAUCUGUAGCAUAGAACUAUUUUGGUAUUUUGAAGUUUCACGAUUAGGGAUCUACAGCCUCAGCUUUCUCAAAAGAAAAGCAUUCUCUUUUAAAAAGUAAUAAUUAGUCACCUAAGAGGAAGAGAGAAACCACAACAUUAACACCUGAAAAGCAUAAGUAAGGAUGUCACAAUCUUAACAUGAGCAGUAAACUUGCCAAAUAUGUACAUAUAUAUUUAUAUAUUUUAAAAAUAAACAUUUUAAAAAUGUUUAGAAGGCAACAGUUACCUUGUUCCUUUCAGUCAAUCCAAAGCAGCAACUUAGUAGUUGCUGGCAACUGAAUACCCAGAGCAGUGGAAAUUUUAUGACUUGAGAACUUGAACAACUGAAAAGAGAAAAAUUGUAUUCCCCAUUGGGAAAACAAAAUGGCUCAAUAUGGAUUUUUAUUCAUUGUGGUGCAUGUUUCAAAUUUUCUUAAAAAUUGUUUUCUAUCUUUUCGAUGUUAAGUAAUAUUUGAAAGUAUGGUUUUGAAGAAAGCAGGAAAUAAGAUUGCUGGAAAGCAUACAGUAUUAUAUAUUAUAGCGGAGUGCUUGUAAGAACAUUUUUUUAAUGGAAUCCGCUGCCAAUCUCAAGAGGCAUUGUGAGCUUCCUGCUGAAAAGAAGGAAAGAAAAUUAAAAUAUUUAAGAUUUUGCUGAUUAUAGUGAACUGCCUGUUUUGAAACUCAUAGAAAAUUGAAAUUUUGUUGAUAAUUUAAAACCUUAUACUUCUAAGAUAGUAUAUGUCAAUUAUAGACCAAACAUUUAAUGAUGAAUUGAAAUUAAUAUUCAUUAUUUUCUCUGAUUAGAUGACUGUUAACAGUGGAUACAUUUGAAGCUUAGAAGAAAUAACUUUGUAAUAAUUUUGGCUCUUAUGUCUAACAAAUAGUGUGAUAUUGGCAUAUUUGCUUGUCCUGAUACAGGAAAAGCCAAAGGAAGAAACAAUAGAAGAAAAAAUUAUAGACCUUUUUUUUUUAAUUGUAAGAUUUGUUUUAAACCAUAAUUAUUCUGAAAACUUUGAAGUUUCUAAUCUUUUUUGGUCAUUUAAGAAUGAGAGCCAUGGUAUUUUGAUUCCACAAGCCAAAUUUAAUGCAAAGUGAGUAAUGCUAACUCCAUAGCAAAAGUUUUCUAUUAAAUUUCAUAAAUUUUUAAAUAGCUAAUUAUGUCCUAAUUGUAUUUGGGGGAUUGAAAAGCAGCAAAUACUGUAGACUUACAGUUUUCAAUCAUUUUAAAAAUUAUGUAUGCAAAAGCUUAGCUGAUUGUUGGUGUUUAUGAAAAACAUUAUAUUGACACGGUGCCUAUAUCAUUGUUGAAUUUUCUUUUAAAUAUGUUUUGACAUGUUUGCAAAUUUUAAAAAGUCUGAAGCAAAUAAUUUUAACCAGUAAUUUGCUAAAGGUACAAAAUCAUAGUAUUCUUUAUCAGGUCUCUCUCCAAUGUGCACUUAAAAUUAGCAUUAUCUGAGCAAGGAUGACGCCUCACAUAGUUAUGAGAAAGAAAAGAAAAUCCAGUCUCUAAACUCCAAGACCAAAAUAACCUUAUUGUUAAUGCGUAGUGUUGCAGGAGGACUCAAGGGGUGUUUUUGUUGUUGUUGUUGUUUGGGGUGUUUUUGUUUUUUGUUUUUUGUUUUUUUAGCCAGG